GGGAGCAGGCUCAAGGGGCUAGAAAUAUGGCGGCCAAAAUGGAUUCCAGAAAUUAGGGCUGCGAGUUCUUUUUAUAAUUUUAUCUCGAAUUUUCUAGCAAAUUUAAUCGAUUUAACGGCUGUUUCGUUGCGUUUUUAAGCACAAAAACCUUUGAUUUAUAUUGCUGAAUGAUAAAAGUAAUCUAACAAUGGCAGAAAUCGAUAUAAAAUUGCCAUAUAAACUACCAUCGUAUCACGACUGGCAGCCACAUGCGACCUUCUACCAUCCGUUGUACGCUGGGAGCAUAGAUGGAACAGACCUGUAUCCUCAUGACAGAGCUGUGGUGAGAGCAAUGUUGUCUACAUGUAUGUAAAUGUUUUCAAUCCAUUUCUUGGUUGUGUAAGAAUUUUUUUUUGAGGGGGGGGAGUUUGUCAGUUUGACGAUUUAUAUGCCUUAUCCAUCCUCCCCCCUGGCUGGAAAAUUGGAAAUUGCACACCUGGUAAUUUGAAAGUGCAACACAAUUUUGUGUAUCUAAGACCCUGUUUACAUGGUACCGGACGAAUUUGGGGCCGGUCUGAAAUUUGUCCCUUUUCGCCUGUUUACAUGCAAAUUCGUCCUGGUAGGGGGUCUCAAAUUCGUCCAGUUCCGUGGUUCUCGUGUGUUUACCCGGCAGAAAAGGGACGAAUCUCAGACCGGUUCCAAAUUUGUCCAGUACCGUGUAAACGGUCUAAAAGUAGCGCAGUCAGAGAAACAUGAGGCAUUUCAUUGGGGUCGACCACGUACUCCACUGGCGUUUGUUGGCAACGGUGCACUUGGCACCUGGUUUUCUCAUCUCUUAAUAACACCAUAACCUGUCGCCCACAACAAACUCCAAUGAGUUAAUCAAAUCACAUUUCAUUUGGUAUACCAAAACUACUGGUAUUGAAUUCAUUAUUGGUAUAUUGGUAUCAAUGUUUUCCAGAUGUCACACUUUUCAUAUGCCACACCUUCUGUAAAUGGAGCUGAAUUUAUUAACCCAUUAAGCUGCAGAGCUUCCCCAUUGACGAGUAAAAUCGUCUGGCAUUAGACAAGGGUGCACUGGGGCGCAUUGCGGCUCAAUGGGUUAACUAGAGACAUUAUCAGAUUUUUGGUUAACCCAUAAAGCUGCAGAGCUUCCCCAUUGACAAGAGAAAUCGUCUGGCAUUAGACAAGUAAAAAAAUAAGCAUGGCACACUGAGGUGCAUUGCGGCUCAAUGGGUUAAUGUUUGAGCUCUGUGCAUUUGGUACACAAAAAUUUUCAACUGGUGAAACAGCAUUGAGAUGUUGCAAAGUAAAUUCACCUUUUCGUAAGAGAUGGUAAAUCCUGUAAGUAUAUUUUACCAAAAUUUUGUAGAUAAACCAAACAAAAAUGUGAACGGCGAUCAAAGCAAAACAUUGUUCGUUGCCAGACUGAGUAAAGACACUGGUCAAGGUAUGAAGACAUUGAUAUAUGUUAUAAAAUAUAAGGAGAAUUUCAACGUUUUGAGCGAGGGCCCUUCGAGUUAAUCCUUAUAUUUUUCAGGCACUUGCAUCCCUACUAUGAUAUUUUACUCUGUCUGAUGAUAGACGAUUUUAGUUAUCAAUGGAAAAGUGUUGUGACUGCAUGAGUGGGUUAACUAUUCUUGCAGAUACAAUCCAGAAUAUUUUUGAAAAGUAUGGAGAAUUGGAGAAAUGUCGAUUGAUUCGAGAUUUUGGUAAGUUAGGUGCCCAUGCAUUCAGAUUGAAAAUACAAUUAGUGAGAUAGAGGUAGGAUAAUGAAAUAAUUACUGUAUUGCUUAUUAGAUUUUCUAAAAAUUACUUUGUAGUUACUGGCUUUUCACGAGGAUAUGCAUUUGUGGAAUUUAAAAGAAAAAAAGAUGCCAUGAAUGCAGCUAGGGUAGGUUGAAAUUGGAUUCAAUAAUUAUUGUUAAAUUGAAAUAAAUAACAAAUAUCACAUACUGUAUGAUGACUUCCUUACUGUUUGUGAUAUAGUGUUAAUCAAACAUAAUCUGUCUUUCACAAAUAGUACAACUUGUGUGUUGUUUUUCUAUGAUUCUAUGAAAGUGAGUAAUGUUUUUUCCAUUGAAAUAUUUUGACUCCAACAGGAAACACAUGACAUGAACAUUGAUGGCAGACAGAUUUUAGUUGACUUUGAAUGUGAGCGAGAUUUAGAUGGUUGGAAACCUCGUCGCUUUGGUAAUAUGCGUUUAUUUUUUUUAUGUAUGACUUAUUAUAACUACUGUACAUUUGCAAGGUUGUUGCAAUUGAUUCAGAAUAGGCGUUGCAAUUGAAAAGACGUUGCAAUCAAAUAGGUAUGCAUCAUUGGUAAAAUGCACAUCUUAACUCAUUAAGUUGCAUUGUGUAUCAAGGCAGACUUGUUUAAUUUCAACUAAAUGUGGUCUGUUAGGUGGCGGCUUCGGAGGUCGAAAAGAAUCGGGACAGUUGAGAUUUGGUGGAAUUGACAGACCUUUUAGACGGCCAAUGUAAGUUUUUGUUCAAUUAUGUAAUUAAGUUCCUAUUUUAUUCUGUGCAAAUUUAUGAUGUAUUUGUGAUGUGAGUGAUGAUCAUGUUGUCAAAGCAUAUAAACUGUGAAUUUAGAGAGAACAUAAUAUCUUUGCCCUAUCAGCCUAUCAUUAUUACUAUUUUUGUAAUCCUGAAUCUAAUCUAGUCACCCUGCCUAAAAUUUUGUCAUGAUUGCUAUUUUCAUAGUCCUGAAAAAGUUAAUCACUUUAAUCGAGGCAUUCAGCGCGAAGGCAGUGUCCGCUUUCAAGAUUCAAGAGAGGAUGAAGGCAAGAUGAAUCGGGAUCGUGAAAGACAGGGUACGCGUGAGAGGGAUCAUGAUGGAUAUGAUAAGGAUAGCAGAGGUCACGUUAGGGAUCGGGAUUAUACAGAUCGAAGGGGUUAUAAAUGCAAUGACAGGGAUAACAGGAGUGAAAACAGGGAUUAUAAGGAACAUAAUAGGGGUAACAGAGGUCAUAAUAAGGAUUGUGAUGAUGAUUACAAGAGUAGCAAGAGAUAUAAAAAGGAUCAUAAAGACAGAGAUUAUAGAGACAAAAAGGAGUACAGAGACAAAAAGGAAUACAGAGACAAAAAGGAGUACAGAGAUACACAGAGGGACUAUGGAAGACAUGAUCGUCGGGACAGAGAUGAUCAUUAUAGGGAUAGGGAUGAUCGUUAUAGGGACAGAGAUGAUAGAUACAGGGAUCGAAAGUAUAAGGACAAAGAGGGUAGCAGGGACACAAGAGAUGAAGUCAGAAGUGAUACUUCAAAUAGUUCAAGAGAUCCAGACUGAAGACAUUACUACAGAUGAUGACAGUGCAUAUAUAUAUAUACACGACAUGACAAAAAAUAUCACGUACAAAUAUUAGGCUAGUUUUAUUAGCCAAUCAGCAUAAACCAUAAACUACUUUCAUGCUGAUUGGCUGAGCAAACUAAAAACAUUCAGAACAGACUAUGACCAUUAAUGUAUUGGUAAGGGGGUGAUUGAAUUUUUUCUGGAAGGAAUGUUGAGACUGCUGAUGUCAGCAAUUAAUUUCAAUCCUAAUAUUAUAAUAAAGAAUCACGAUUAUUCAAUUUUGAGGUUCUGAAAUAUUAUUUU